GUAGCAAAACCUGUAGUCUAUGCACUAGUACAUAGUUGAGACUCAGCUCGUCAAGGCCUUUUCAUGAUCCAACCCUACCUUAUCUAAAAAUCUGAAUGGUCUCCUGCCAAUCCAAUGGCAUUUGCGUAAUAUUUCACAACCAAAACUGCAUAGCUGAAAAAAGAAAGGAACUUUUAAAGAAUCAAAUUCUGCAAAGAUUAUAAUCAUGUCACUAAGUAUCAAGUGGCAUGAACAACUACAUGGCUUUACUUCAUUCCCAUCCCCUGCUACUCCAAUCUUCAAUACCAGGAAGAAGGUUGAAGUGAUAAGGGUAUUAGCUAAAGCAGCUAACUUGGAUUCUGAAUCAAAUGCAAAGAAAGCAAAUUUGUGUGCUGCAAAGAAGGAAAGAAUUAAGCUGCCAAGUUUUGAUGGUAGCUUAGGGCGCAAGAAUUUUCACAUUAGAGAGUUUUUAAGCCACCCAUCAGGAACUGAAGCCAUGCUCAAUACUAGAGCACUGGAAAAUUUUGAACCCCUUAGCACUGAUACUUACAGAUGCACUUUGCCAAAGCUUAAACUUUUGAAUUUUGAAGCAGCCCCUGUGGUGGAUUUAAGAGUGAACCCAACCAAUGAGGAUUGUAUGGUUGAGAUGCUCUCUUGCAAGUUUGAGGGUUCAGAAUCUGUGGAACGCCAAAACAGCCGUUUUUCAGCAUUGAUGACAAAUCACAUGUCGUGGGGGACAGACGACUCUGAAUCAUUUUUGGAAGUUGAUGUGAAGUUAAAUCUCACCCUCGAGAUCUAUACGCGCCCUUUUACCAUGAUGCCGGUAUCAGCUGUUGAGCAUCCGGGAAACUUAAUGAUGCAAGCAUUACUGGAUAGGCUGGUCCCACUGCUUCUGCAGCAACUCCUACAAGAUUAUGACAAAUGGGUUCAUAAGCAAUCAGAAGAUGAUCUUCCAUGAAAUGGUCCAUUUCUGCAUUGUUAAGUAAGUACACUUCUAGCCGUCUUACUGGUGGUUUCUAUGUCUAAAACCUUCUGAAAUGACUUCUGAUAGUACUGGCGGUUCUCUGCUUGGCGCGGUUUGUAUUCUUUUUUCUGACUUUGUCAAGGGGAACCCAAAGGCUUCCUAGGCCCAAGAUAAACCCCUUCGGCGCAUGUGAAAUGCUCCAACUGUGCAUUGCAGCACAGUGCCUGGCCACUUUGACAGCUUCGGGGUUCGAACCUAGGUUGGGGAGCACACCCAACUAGGCAAGAACCACUAGGCCACUUGCAGUGUUUGGAUUCUUUGUUUCGUUUAACAGGAUGGCCAUUGGUAAAACCAAAAAAGACACAGCGGUGGCAUUACUCUAGCCAAUUUAUCUCUGAUUUGCAUUGCUUCAUGUGUUGGUUUUCUUGUAAGUUCCCGCUUCGAUUAGCCUUGAGCCUCAUUCAACUGAACUCAACCCAAAGAGUUAAGGAACAGUAGACUACCCUAGAAUCUUCCUAGGAUUAUGUGUUGAAGUUGAGAAUUUGUAUGUACCACCACAUUCUGGGUUCCA